AUGAAUGAACGUCAUUUCUCGCCGCUAGAGUAAUCAAUCGGUGUCUGUUUUACAAUGAUAAUAUUCCUGAAAAACGAAUUUGUUUAAUUUCAUCUAUGAGAAGUUGCAGUUUAUAUGUGAAUAAUAUGAUUUUUUAGUGUUAUAAUUAAUUUAAAGAGUGUAAAAAUGAAGUUCAUAAAGCUUUGGUGUCUGUUCAGUUUUUGUACAAUUCAGAUACAAGGUUCGACGCACUGGAUGGUCACUGAAGGAGGUCUUAUCCAGCCUAGGCUGGAUUCUCCAUUUGAAUUGGCAAAACCAUAUGAUUUACUAGCAUUUCUCAAUCAAGAUACCCGCUGGGAAAAUAUUGUUAAUUUACAUCAUAGUUUGUCUAAGAGACAACAAAUAAUAAGAAAAUUAUGGGCUGAGCUAAAAAAAAAUACUGAUAUGACAACUAUAAUAAAUGAAGAUGAUUAUUGUGUGAGAGCAGGCCAAAUACAUACCAUAGACUGGUACACAUCCUCUCUGGAAGAAGGUAAAACGAGACUCGGUACAGAAGAGUUUCCAGUCCGUAACUUAAAUUAUGGUGAUGGUGAUAUUCCCGAUUGUAAACGGAUUUCGUCUCUGACAUUUAGUAUGUGUGCGUUUGAACAUUUGGAGAGUAUGAAAAAGAGGGAAAAUUUGAGUGCAAGCCCUGAAACUUCUAUGCCAGAGAACAUGUCACCAAAAAACUCUGAUAUAUCUGAUAUGAGUGUUGAUCAAUUUGGUCAUUGGUUGGCUGGAGUUCUUAAAAAGAACAAUUCCUCAUGGAUACAUUAUAAUAUGGCUUCUUUAUACUGGAGGGUCAGGGGUAAUGCUCCUAAGGCUAUUGAAUGUAGUCGAAGAGCAGUGCAUUAUGCACCAAGGGAAUACAAAGACAUUCCUUUGUUGAGUAUGGGAUUGAUACUUCAUCGCAGUAAAGUAUCGGAUGAUGCUGUAAUAGUACUUGGAGCAGCGGUGGACCAUGAUGUGCAAUGCCCCAUCAAUCAUUUUAUACUUGCCAAUGCAUAUGCGGUUGUCGGUGAUUUUAAUAGCUCUGUAAAACAUUACGAUAUAUGUCUUAAGCUAAACCCCUCAUUCAGCUUGGCUGAUAAACAUAGAAAUGCUGUUUUGUGCCAUGCCUAUUUGAUGGGAAAAAUGGAAAUUGUUAAAGAUACUCUGAGCAAGCUUCGAGAAGAACUAACAGAAUAUGGCGAGAGAGAAUCUCUAUGGUUAAAAUCACAAGCAGCUUUACUUAGGACUAUGAAACAGACUGAGGAUUAUGAUUACAGGGAUGUAAACAAAAACUUUGAUAAAAUAGCAGAAUUAACAGGUCUGAAUAUAAAAGACGUGAAAGCUGAAGGGGAUAAGUAUUCGGUCAUACAAUAUUUCUUAGAUGGACCGACGUACAAUGAGAAUUGGUUGAAAGAGAAAGGUGUUCUGAUCUUCGAUUCAGCAAAUAGUUUACAAAGGCUAGUAAAACAUAUAGGGAGGCAUGUGAAUAUAAAUACAGAUAAUUUGCCUCCAGACGAAGAAAUGAAUAUAGAUGAUGAGAAAAUAUUGAAAGAAAUUGGACCAAUACCUACAUUCCCGGAUUUAUUCCCUGACGUUAUGAAAGAUUAUUCAACGAAUGCAAUACUUGAAGAGGAGAUAGAGAGAGCUAAAGUAGAGAGACCAAUAGAAAUAGAAACUCCUAAGGUGACAAAAGAGAAGAAAAAAGAAUCGUCGCCCACUAAGAAGGCGGCGCCAAUAGAUGGUGAGGGAAACAUAUCGGAAUAUGAUACAGGGAUUAUAUUAUACCCGACUACAUUAAAAAUAAGCAGAAAUACAGAAGAAUUUGAUACUGAUCCAGAAUGGCCGACGAAUAAGCAGUGCAAAGACAAUUCAGACAUUUUUCCAGAGAAUUUAGAGGCUGUUUAUCAAAUAUUUUUACCUUUUGAAAAUAAGGGAAUAAGACUAAAAACAUUACUGACUGAUAAAAUCGGGGUGCCGGCUAAUGUUGAACAUGAGCUGCCAUGGCACCCUCCUACCUGCCCCAACGACAAAGAAGCCGCUACGUUCACACAGAAGAAGUCACAGAAGCCGCAGAUAUUCAGCGAUGUAAUCGUAACGAAGCACCUUCGGGAGAAACUCCUGGAAUACGUAGCGAAUGGGGACGUGGAGUCAGUGCGCAAUAUGCAAGACGCUGAGGUCGGCCAGCGGAUAUAUAGCGCUAUGCAGAUGAAAUUAGCCCCAAAAUGGCUGUUAUAUACUUUAUCUUCGUUAUAUUGGCGGGUUCGUGGUAACAAUGUGAAUGCACUACACUGCAUAAUGACGGCCAGUCGCACUGUAGAACCACGGUUCAAAGACAUUGUGUUAGUGUCUUUGGCAUCCAUCUAUUUGGAGAUGGGAUAUUUUGACGAAGCCCUCGGGGCGGCUGAGGAAGCUUUCAAAAUGAGUUUAUAUGAGCCGUCAACAAACUUUAUUUUAGCGGAGUUGAAUAUGAUAAAGAAACACCGCAAUACGCAUAUGUUCCACUUGAAGCAAGUGAUUCGAGUAGAACCAGAGUUCAUGGGUGGACUCGCUCGUUCUAUGCUAUACGGAUGGUCCUGCCUGUUCAAACAAGUUAAUGUGCUGCAAGAUUUAGAAUUCGGUGAAGGUGAAAUAUGUACGCAAGUAGAGCCAGGAAUGAGUAUGGUGUGUGAGAAGGACGGCACGAAUUGCCAUCUCACUAAUAUACAAUGCUAUAGUUCACAGGAAAGAGAAAGCAGCACUUUAGUCAGAAUGCUUGAACUAAAAGACGAUCAUAUCCAGGGCGCCCCGGUUGAAGAGAUGGAUGAUGGAGUAUUCGACCGGUUCCAAAGGGAUAUGCCGAAGGACCGAACCGAUCGGUUAGCCCACCAGAGGAACUUUGAAGCCAUGAUGAACACAGUUGGCAAAGAGUUGAAGGGAUGCGGUGAUAGGGGCUGUGCAAGUAACUUUUAUUUUGAUAUUCAAGCAGAAGAUUUGGAACUAACGGAAGAAGAUUGUACUUACCAGCAUUUGGAACUAGGAUACUGGUUGCACAUUAUCAGUUUUAGAGAACUGCUCAGUGAUGCUGAUCCUAAGUUACCAUCAGAAAUACUCUCAUUGACACCAUCAAAUAAGAAGACGCCAGAAUGUCGAUUGGAUGUGGAUCCUUCGAAGGAUUUCUUCCUAGAACGUUUUAUGAGGGUUGACACCGAAGGUUGGGAGCCUGUUCUCAGUCUAAUGCAUCAGUUCGCAGACGUUUUCAAUUAUUAUGAUUACGUCACGUUGGGGGCUAAGAUCGCUAGAUAUAUGGAAUUGUACCCGAGUAGCUGGGCGGGCGCGGCGGUGGCGGGGUGGUGGUGCGGCGCGGGCGGGCGCGGCGCGUGCGCAGUGCGCUGCCUGGCCGCGGCGCAGGCGCGCGCGCCCCGCGCCGCCCCGCCACAUGCUGCGCGCGCGCUCACUGCGCUGCUGCAUAUACAAAACAAAAUAAAGGAUGCGAAGGAAAUAGCCUACCUCUCAUUAUACACGAAACCUAAGAGUAGAAUAGAAUCGUUCCUUGUGGCUGUGUCUCAUACAUACUUGUCUGAAUACGAGCCUGCAGUGUGGAUGUACCGUUACUCUCUCACCUUUGACGAGAAGUUCCUCCCAGCGAAGGCAUGUCUCCACGCUACCAUGUGUUUGAUGCUUUUCGGAGACGCGGCUAAAGCGAAACCUAAGGAAAACUAAAUAUAGAUAACCAAUCAGCAUUUUUGUAACGACUGAUGCUUCAAUAAACGAUCAAAUGAUUUACAAACUUAAAGUCUCGAUUUUAAAGCGGUUUUAGCUUGAUUUACUCACUGUCCCUAUAUAGAUUUCUUUACUGAAUAUGGAAUUAUGUUACACUAAUUGUAUAAUAAUUUCUAUUAAUAAAUCUGCUAAUAUAUAGAUCUUAUUUACAAUGAUCUUUAGUCUUACAUUAAGCUAAGCUAUAUAAAUUAUAUUUUUUUUUUAUAAUUGACUUGUAAGUUAUAUCUGAGUAUGUUAAUAA